AGAGGCUGGGCGUAAAGGUGAUGUCAUGCUUAGCUUCAUAUUUUCUCAGUAACGUGUGCAAUGUUUUGAAACGGUCCUCACUACAGAACACUAAAUCCAGGGUGCGCGAUUGGAUCCACAUCCGACCUUAUAUACUUAGCCGCAAUUUGGAGAGUUAACUUAAGUGGUCGCCGACGUUUGUUCUUAUAAUUUAGUUUAGGCCUGUAAGUAACGAUCACAGUUAAAUAUGUUAACCUAAAUGUAAGAAAAUACGUUAGUAAAAGUACCCUUAAUCUAACAAAACAUGUUAUUUAAGACUCGUUAUUAAAUAAAGUUUGUCGUCAGCAAGUUUGUUUUUCUGUUAGAUACGACUUAAUGCGGAAACGGUUGAGCAACAACACGUCUAUGACGUGUCCACCAAUUGAUCAAUCAAGAUGCAGUGGGAGGAGACAUUGUCGACCAAUCACAAUGCAAUGAUCUGGAUCUCGCGUUCUGCAGUGAGGAGCUAACGUUACUUAAUAUUAUCGACAUCCAUCACCUUUCAGUUUUUGAUGUUCUCAAAUUUUUCAUAAAACACAAAACGGCUAGGUUCAUGCAUCCCAAAAGAUGAUAUUCCACGCGUUGAACACUAGAUGUCAGCAAAGAAACGUCGACAGUUAAACUAUUUAAAAAUAUUUGGGUUCCUGCAAUGAAGCGUGCAAAUUCUGGACUCCCCAAAUGUCUCAUUUGCUUAAAAGUGCCUAUAACUGAAAAAGUUCCAAUGGCAACCAUCUGCCCGACUUGGUUACCUGUGCAUGGCAACGGUGCGUAUUCGACCACACAGUGAAAUACAAGCGGAGGAUGUUGCAGAGCGCUCCACCCCUCCCACCCAGCGUCGCGAGAGACCCAGCGUUCGUACGCGGCAUCUGAGUGAAGAGAGGUCGUUUCAAUAAGAGGAGACGGUUCUUCUCUGAACACACCCAGCUCUCAGACGGGAUUCACCCGGGGAGAGGUCAAAUCAAAGGGAACACGUUUCCGCAGUGAACACUGACAUUUCUGCGGGCUGUAUCUCUGGAAACGCUGUGAUGAAGACUUGUUCUGGGAGGAAAACAGUCACGGACGAAUAUUUACAUGCCCUUGCUCUCAGCGGUACAGCUCGCCAUCGACUUAACUCAUAAAGAGACAUUGCGUAGAGACAAACUGCGAUCUUAAUACGAUCCAAAACAAAGGUUUACAUUUAUAACAAAGAUCGUGCUGCGAAUGUGUUGACGCGGACUGUCAGAGUUUCUGGAGGUUUACGGGACUGCUCUUGUGCGGUCAUGCUGCAGGCAUCAUCUGAUCUAUUUCCAACCUGAGGGGGAACGAGUUUUGACAGAAUGGAUAUAAACCGUUGUAAUGGAGCGUUCAUCUCAUUGUUUUGAGAUGCGUUUAGUUCGUGGCACAUUUGCCAUAAUAGAUGUAAUAUUUUGACUAUAUUGUUUUAAAUUGAGAACUAAUUUGCGCAUGCGGAGCUUAUAAUUUCCUAAAAGUAAACAACUGACGUAACAAGAGUCGACCCUUUAUUCGAGUGUCAGGGUCUGAAAAUGUGAUGUCCGGUAAAAGAAACACUUCUAUGCGUAAAUAAGAACGGGGGCUUUGUGAAACAUGUUUUGCUGCUUUAAUGUCAGAAAUCUUACGUAAAGCACGUUCAAGUAACGUGCGUUUACUUUCUGUCAGGUGCGACAUUAUGACAGGUGUGAGGUGAGCGACUGGAGCCGAGCGGUGGCGCUAAAUUUCUUUUAAACAGCAACUCUCUAAGAAACUUUCAGUGAUUUCUCAUUUGCUUUUGCAGCUUCAAGUUUUGUGGUAGAUUGUUGUUCGACGUUUUUUGUUGGUGAUUAAUGUGAACACAUUUUGAAAGUAUGCCCGGUCUGGAGGGCUUUUUCCACAACCUGACUCUAUAACCAAAUAUGGGAGCGAAGCAGACGAAGGCCGCGGGACAGGAGGCUGGGGCUAGUCCUCAAAGCACGGGAUGGCGACGGACCCCGACCAAAGAGCGCGGUGACAUCCUCGCCUCUUUAAUGUUGAGGUCAAGGAAUACGCUGAGAAACAGUGGGACUCCCCCUCCGUACCAGCGACGCAUCUUGAUGAUACAGGAGAUGAUGCUGAUGGCACAGCAGGGGAAGCACGAUGAGGCGACUGAGAUGCUGAAGACGCUGCGGCAGGAUCUGGGAAUGGAGUCGACCUCUCUGGAUGAUGUUCUUUACCGCUAUGCUAGUUUCCGCAACCUGGUGGAUCCCAUUACCCAUGAUCUCAUCAUUAGCCUGGCCAAAUAUGUUCACUGCCCAAAGACGGAGGGUGAUGCUUUGGGUUCUAUGGAGAAGGUUUGCCGUCAGCUGAUGUACCACCUGAGCCCGCACUCCCAGGGGCUGCUGAAGAGGAAGCCACAGGCCUGGUAA